ACUACUCUCCUCUCCCCCCAUUCACUCCAUCGACGAAGCGCACGGAGGGUAACUGCGCAGGAGGAAACCGGCGAAGGACGCGGCGGCGGCUCCGGGCGUGGACAUGGACGAGAAGACGCAGGAUAAAGUGGAGGCGGCGGUGCUGGAGAUCCUGCGGGGCUCCGACAUGGAGUCCCUGACGGAGUACAAGGUCCGCACCGCCGCCGCCGACCGCCUCGGCAUCGACCUCGACCUCCCCCUCCACAAGCGCUUCGUGCGACGCCUCGUGGAGGACUACCUCAAGUCCCUCGCCGAAGAAGAAGACGAGAAGCAGAAGGGCGGCUCCCGCAAGGAGGGGAAAAAGAAACAGCAGCGUCAGGAGGAGGAAGGGCAGGAAGAGGAUGAGGAGAAGGAGGGGGAAGAGGAGGAGGAGGAGGAGGAGGACAAGGGAGGUGAAGGAAAAAAGGAGUUCGACGAUAAUGGAGACCUCAUCCUCUGCCGCCUGUCGAAGAACAGGAGGGUGACGCUGCAGGAGUUUAAGGGCAAAACGCUGGUGUCUAUCCGCGAGUACUACUUCAAGGACGGCAAGGAACUGCCCACCUCCAAAGGGAUGAGUAUGACGGUCGAGCAGUGGGAGACAUUCAGCAAAUCAGUACCCGCAAUAGAAGACGCCGUCAAAACACUUGGAGAAUCAGAUUGAAAGGAUGCCACAAAAACCUUAAAAUCUCGACGCUCGUUCUGGACCUCUGCAAGUAGAGUAGUCCAUGGGUGCUCUGAGUACUCCAUGGGGCUACUAGAGUUCAUCUGGACUUGUAUAAAGCUUCUCCCUUAGUCAAGGUACCGGACCUACUGAUGUGUGCUGGGUAGACAGUUUGGGUGUGUUCGCGAACUAGUUCUCCGCCGGUAUGGUGGACCGAAGUUUCAUCGCUGUGCCAUGUGA